UUCAGGGUCGUCCUCUUUUAUGCCAUUACAGCCGUCUUGACCCUUUUUUGCAACAUCAUCUCGAACCCUCGCGAUUGCGACACAAACCACAACAUGGACUUGCUGCAGAACGUCCCCAGUUUGAUCCGGAGUAUUCCUAUCCGAAAGUUAACCGCGGGUGAAGUCGUUCACCUGCAGUACCUGGACGUCUUUACCGCGGAACUCAGCAGCAUU